CCUUUCAAGUUUGCUGGACGCCGGCGCACCGUGCCGGAAAAGUAGAAGAACAGCUAGCGAUAACUGUAAGUUCAGUUUUGGCGUGCGUAAAAAUCAGAAUGGCAAAGCGUGAACUUUCCAGUACCUUGAGGAACUUGAAGUUUAUGCAAAGGGCAGCUCUGAGAGAGGAAAAGCCUAAGAAAGAAGAAGAAGAAGUAGUGAUACCUGAUGAAACCUUUCCCUCUAGUGCUCCCAAAAGAUGUGUUGUCAUUAUGGAAGGGGAUCCCCACGCUGGGACUACAAGAGGUCGGAUGUCUUUUCAGUGUUUUAAUCCUUCUAUUGAUAAAUUAAGAGAAGAAGCGUCAAAACCACAUUUCUGAAGGUUCUGCUGCUUGUUCUUCAGAGACGAGUGAAAUAAAUUCGAAAAG